AUGGAGGGAGACAACAAAGCCCUUCAAAUAAGCGCCCUGUCUCUGGGUCUUCUCAUUUUCGGUGCGGCGUGCAUUGCAACCGAACUCUUCUGGGCUCGGAAACCCUUGAUCCCAGUACAUUUGUUGCUGAAGGAGCUGGGACUUUACUGUCUCAUCCAGUUUCUAUUCCAUUCAGGUCGAACGGCUCUCGUGGUCAACAUCAUUCCCUAUUUUAUCCGUGUCGAAGGCGCCAGCGACUUCCUCUCCUCGAUGAUGUACGUUCAGGUCGCUGUGGGGGUUUCGGUGGGAGGAGUGAUUUCCAGCUUAAUCAUUAAACGGUGCGUUGUCCUGGAUAUGUUUUCCACCGACAUCGGCUUAGACAUAAACAGCACGGGAAGAUACAAGACGAUGGCUGUCGUAUCACUCAUCAUCACUAUACUAUCAUUCUUGCUCAUAUUCCUCAGCUGGCGUGAUGGUUGUACACUCUGGGAAUCCUCUAUCCUCUUUUUUGUGGGGCUCGCACCGGGGAUUCUGUUUUCGUCUCUGUUCAUUGGCAUGUCGAAUAGCUCGGCAACGGACUGCAUUGCUUCCUGCAUUGGGACCUUCUAUCUCAGUCAGCAGCUUGGGAUAAUCGUUGGUUCUGCAUGCGGUUCCGCUUUGAUUCAAGGCCUGUUCAAAAUGAACCUUGCAGCUCAAAUGGAGGGCACUUCAUACUGGAAGGAUAUUCCGAACAUUCUCAAUGAUGUCAAGUUCUCGCAGACAUUACCACCCCCCGAACAAGAACUCGUGAAGUCGAGUUAUCUGGCUAGCUUUCAAUAUGUACCUGUGUUUGCAGCGGCAACUACUCUAACAACGUUGCCCAUAUUCCUGUGUCUUAAGGAGAAGAGGCUAGAGUAA